CCACAGCCUGGUGGAAACCACGAGGUGCCAUUAAGCCCCUUUAAAAAAUCUCAUCAUAAUGACUAAUUGGACAAACGUGUCCAUCUGCCCGUUUAGCAUCACUUUAUGCGCUGAGAACAUUAUGGACAGUAAUGCAACCUCCGAGGACUUUGAGUAUCCGGUGCAUCUUUUCCCGGUGCCCAUCCUGACCGGCAUCACGGUGACCUGCUCUUUUCUGUUCCUCGUCGGGAUUGCUGGCAACCUGUUGACCAUUUUGGUGGUCACUAAAUACAAAGACAUGCGAACCACCACGAAUCUGUACCUCUGCAGCAUGGCACUGUCAGACCUGCUGAUUUUCCUCUGCAUGCCGCUGGACUUGUAUCGGGUCUGGCGAUACCGGCCGUGGAACUUUGGCGACGAGUUGUGCAAACUCUUUCAGUUCGUAAGCGAGAGCUGCACGUACUCCACCAUCCUCAACAUCACCGCCCUUAGCGUGGAGAGAUAUUUCGCCAUCUGCUUCCCACUCAGGGCGAAAGUGAUCGUAACGCGGGGUCGAGUAAAAGGGGUGAUUUUACUCCUCUGGACUGUGGCUCUGUGCAGCGCCGGACCCAUCUUCAUUCUGGUCGGGGUCGAGCACGAGAACGGCACCAACGCGUGGGAAACCAAUGAAUGUAAAGCCACCGAAUACGCUAUCCGCUCCGGACUGCUUACUAUGAUGGUUUGGGUGUCCAGUGUGUUUUUCUUCCUUCCCGUCCUGUGUUUGACUGUGCUCUACAGCCUCAUUGGCAGAAGACUCUGGAGAAGGAAGGAAAACCCAGUUGGACCCAUUUCCAGUCGAGACAAGAGUAAUAAACAAACGGUCAAAAUGCUGGCUGUGGUGGUUUUAGCGUUUGUUCUCUGCUGGCUGCCAUUUCACGUGGGUCGGUAUCUCGUCUCCAAAUCAUCUGAGGCGAAUUCUCCGGUCAUCUCCCAAAUCAGCGAAUAUUGCAACCUGGUGUCCUUCGUGCUGUUUUACCUGAGCGCCGCGAUCAACCCGAUCCUCUACAACAUCAUGUCAAAGAAGUUCAGGAGUGCAGCCUGCAAACUGUUCCGAGUGAAGCGCGCCCCCGGACGCUCGCUCCAGAGUAUAAUGAACGCGGAGAGCGUGUCGGUAUGGAAUGAGUACAGCUGGAGCACGUGACGCUGGAAAAUCACUACAGAACACAGACUGAACGCUCUCAGA